UACUGUAACCUCUCAACAAGUAAAGACGUGAACGCUCCAGCAGAGGAGGUGCUUUGCCUUCAGGUCUGAGCAGCGUUUAAAUGCUCUGCUUUGGUAGAACAGACGUUCACAGUUGUGUCGUCUUCUUACAAUAGAAAUCAUUUUGGAUCAAAAUUUGGGAAUAUGGACAACUCCUCAAACUUGGACAUCUCAGACAAAAACUGUCAGGAAAACAUCGACCAAAACCGAGCGCUGUAUAUUUUCUACUCUUCUGUGGUAGCGCUGGAGUUAAUCUUGGGUCUUCUGCUGAAUGUUACAGUUAUCCAUCUCUUCGUCUUCAAGCUCAAGUUCUGGAAAUCUAAGACCAUUGACAUUUUUUUGUUCAAUCUGGUCCUGGCUGAUAUUUUGUUGCUGAUUGGAUUGCCCGUAAAGGCUUAUAACUUUCAGCAGUGCAGUGAACACAAGGUAGUGUGCAAAGUACAGCUCUUUCUGCAGUUUCUCAACCGAGGAGCCAGCAUCGCCUUCCUGACGGUCAUCUCCAUUUAUCGAUAUUAUAGCGUGGUCCAUCCUGGGAAGAGGAGAGUCCUGAGGAUUUUGAGAAUGUCGCCUCAGAUUUCUGUAUUAAUCUGGGUGCUGCUGGGAAUUUUGACCAUUCCAGCCAUGUUGCAAAGUUUUAUCAGAUGCAACAUCAGUGAAAAAGAUGAGGAACUCAACACCAGUGUUCUACUGAGGGAAAUUGUGUUUUUUACUCAGAUUUUCAUCCCCUUUCUAGUUCUUGUGUAUUGCUCAAUACGAAUUAUCAGAAGACUCAAACAGAAGUCGGUGGGUGACAAGACUAAGCUCCGGAGAGCGAUGUUCCUCGUCACUUCGGUGGUUUUCGUCUUUGCUGUCUGCUUCUUGCCUUAUGCCAUAACAAGAGCAGUGCAGCUAUAUAAUGAUGGGCACGUGAUGCAAGAGGAGAAAGUUACUGUCGUUAAACUGUACGAUGGGCUUAUUUGUCUGUCUUAUCUUAACUGUCUGCUGGAUCCAAUCUUGUACUGCCUGAGCAGCAGUAAAUUUAAGAAGUUAUACAUAUCAAUGUAUAUAUCAUUUUUUCUGGAGUUUGUACUGGAUGAGGUUCAAGAUGAUAGUGAGUAUGUUUUGGCCAAGUAA